ACGGGUGGUCGGUGCACACAGCAGGCACAGUUCAGGACACAGGUGGUCGGUGCACACAGCGGGGACAGUUCAGGAAAUGAGUGGUCGGUGCACACACCGGGGACAAUUCAGAACACGGGUGGUCGGUGCACACAGCAGACACAGUUCAGGACACAGGUGGUCAGUGCGCACAACAGGGACAGUUCAGGACACGGGUGGUCAGUGCGCACAGCGGGGACAGUUCAGAACACGGGUGGUCAGUGCGCACAGCGGGGACAGUUCAGAACACGGGUGGUCAGUGCGCACAGCGGGGACAGUUCAGCACGGGUGGUCACGCACAGCGGGGACAGUUCAGAACACGGGUCAGUGCGCACACGGGGACGUUCAGGACACAUGGUAAGCAGCUUGCAGACCCUCAGCGGCAGGCGGCUCCAGACAGGAACGACCAGCGGUCAGCGUUCCAGGGAGAACCAGCGAUCAGCAGACAGCAGCAGCUCCCCGGGCACUCAACAGCGGACAGCUUCAAGGGACAUGCAGCCACGGACAGUGUGCAGGGUCCCUCAGCAGCAGCUCCCAGGGCACUCAGCAGCAGACAACCUCCAGAGACACGCAGCCACGGAUAGUGUGCAGGGUCCCUCAGCAGCAACUCCCAGGGCACUCAGCAGAGAAGGCUCAUGCAGAGCUGUGGAGACUCCCCAC